AUGACAUCAGGAAUCCAAUCCCUCCCCUUUCUCGGUCUCAACGAAGACAUUCUCUUAUACAUCUUCUCUCUCAAUGCCAAUGCUGUAGACUCCUUCGUCUGUGAGUCCCACUCGUACCCCGUGUCGGUUAUGGACAUCGACUACGGUAGGUCUGCCGCUUUGAAUGUCACCCGAUAUAGCUCGCAAGUAUGCCGCGAAUGGCGCCACCUGAUUCUCGCUUCACCCACUUUGUGGGCUAACUCUCUGGACUUGGAGUUGUUGGACUGUGGGACUGACGAGUGGCGGAAUGAAGUCGUCAAAAGGACAGGAAACUGUCUCCUCACCGUCGUAGGCACAAUGCCUUCGAUGUAUGAACUCUUCCCUAUGUUCCAAUUCCUCCGUGAUUUCUUUGAUAAAAAUUGGACUCGCAUUCGUCGGCUGAUUGUGUACGACGACUUCUUUAAUGGAGCUAAUUGGAAAGAGCUACUCAAGAGACCUUCACCAAACCUUGAACGACUUCGCAUAAUGGGACAAGAUAUGACCUUUGAUAAUAUUCAAGAUGGGACAUUGUUCAGCGGCACUUCUCCACGGCCUUCGAAACUGCUACGUGGUCUAAAACUGUUACCGUAUCUUGAAACCUUGGGAAUUGUAAACAACUUGAUUGAUUAUGAGCUCGACCGACCUCUAGCGCCUAUCAACUUGCCAAACCUAACACAGCUCAGUAUCAAGUCCAACGUUAUGACAAUAAUUCCAAUGUUGAAAUACCUUGUUCCUGGGCCAAACUGCUCCUUGCGUUUAGAUGACUACUUCUAUCUUCCUCGUACAUUCAGUUCAUUGCCAGAGACUUUUGAAAACUAUCUGGAUAUUGGUGGUGCCCUGUCAACAUUCCUUGGACAUCAGGCUUAUCAAAACCUAACUUUCCACAAAUUUCACUAUUACGAAAUGAAAGAUCGUGGAAAGUUCAAUAUACGUGAUGACCAAGGAGUGUUCGACAUAGCUUUGGAGGACACGGUCACUAUUUUGCUCAACCACGGUGAAAAUUGGCCGGACUUCGUAUCCCAAGUUAAUGCUGCGUUGUCUCCAUUAGCUUGUUCUGUUUUGCCAACUACAAAUCUUCAUCUGGGAGUUCAUGAUCUCCCGUCACAAAGUGAUUCCAUGCUCGCCUUCUUUGACAACUUCAAAAAUGUGCGAAUUCUAGAAACGGACCCGAAAACUAUUCAAAUUAUCGGACAAGCGGUACAAACUCACCGAGGAGGUCAACUUGGGGGUUCGACUCUUUUUCCCUCCGUCUGCCAUAUCGUGGUACAUCCCUGGCAGUACAAAUAUAAAGUGGACACAAAGGAGCUGUACAAGUUUGUCAAGUUUCGCAAGAAUCAUGCGGUGCCCAUCGAAAAAGUUUACUUUUGCUAUUCAAGUUGUACAACAGAAGAAGCUGCAUCUUGGAGGGCAUUUGCCAAUGAGCUUGACUUUGAAGUGGAAUUUGAAUCUCGAGCCAACCGGAGUUACGACGUAUCUGAUUCUGAUGCUUGGCCAUAG